CAUAAGUGAACUAUCUGUUUGACCUGGCGCCUGGGCAUUUGAACAACUAUACUAUUAUGAUCCUCUUCGUAUCUUGACUGUGGUACACAAAAUAUCUGGGGCCCCUGAAAGUCCAGACCCACAAGGCAACCACAGCCCCAAGGGGUUUGUUGACGGUGAUUGGCUUGUGAUUCCCUUGUAGGGCCACUGCAACCGGGGAUUCGUGAAUGCUUGCGUCACACCAUCCACUCCCCUGAGAGCUACCCACGUGCUGCCCUGCAGCUCUCCGGUUCAUCGAGAACAAAGCCCCCCAGUCCGGGAACCCGGGAACCUAGGAAAGAUGAUCUAUUGCAACUUGCAAGUUAAUUUGCAAUAUGUGUUUCCCUUUAUUUCCCUCCUCCCUCAGCCCUUAGCUUUGUGCGGCGCUCCAUUGCUCAACCGUGUGCCGUCGUUCGUGAGCCGUCCCUCACUUAAACGACGAUGGCCUUCGCAAUACGGCGAGGCCCCAAGCUCACCAGCCUUUCCACCCUCGUCCUGCUAUUAUUUUGCGUCUGGUUUCUCGUUCUUAUCCCCUUCCUGAGCCGGCAUGGCGGCUUGUCCUUUCGGCCCCAGCGGCCAAACAGGGCACCACCUAUCGAGCUCGUCGUCGCGAGUACGAAGCACGAGAACACCACCUGGGUGCACCAGCAUCUGCCUGAAUGGUCUCGCAAGGUCUACGUCGUCGACGACCCGCAAAACGCACUCACGGUCCCCGUCAACAAGGGACGGGAGGCGAUGGUGUUCUUGACGUACCUAAUCGACAACUACUACAGCCUGCCGGACACCGUCAUCUUCGUCCACGCCUCCCGCUUCCAGUGGCACAACGACGACCCGGACUACGACCUCCUCCCCGAACUGCGCAACCUGAACUUCACCUACGUGCGCACGGUCGGCUACGCAAACCUGCGCUGCGUCUGGGUCCUGGGGUGCCCCGUGGAGAUCAGGCCCUUCGCAGACGAACUCCCGGCAGGCCAGGAGCCCCAGCCCAGCGGGAGGAGGCUUACCACCAAGGAGAUCUUCAAGCGGGCCUUUGAGGAAUUACUGCCCGAUAUCCCGGUGCCUCAAGAGGUUGGGGUCAGCUGCUGCUCGCAGUUCGCCGUCACGCGGGAAACGGUGCGGCAGCGGCCUCUAGAGGACUACGUCCACUUCCGGCAGUGGCUGAUAGAUACGCCCCUGACAGACGAUCUGAGUGGGAGGGUGCUGGAAUAUGCUUGGCACAUUAUCUUCGGCAAGGAGGCGAUACACUGUCCUCGGGCCGAAGACUGUUAUUGUAAUUUAUGGGGUCUUUGUGACCUGAAAUGUACGGAUCAACAGUGCGAGGGUAGGUAUUCCCUACCUUCAUUGUCCACGUUCCCCAAGGGGUGGCCACGUAUUGGCUGGGAUGGCAAGGAGAGGGACUACUCGGGGUCCCUUUCCUAGCAUCUUGAGGUUAAUUGUGCCUUUUAUGGCAUUAUGGGAGGUCUUGUCAGGCCGACGUUUUGUAACAACAUUUUCCUUGGCGCUAUGUGGCUAUUCUUCUGGGCUGGGUCUUUUAUAGAACUUUUAGACAGGUAGGUAAUUAGAGAAGCACACGCAAACCAAGUGUUCUGCAAUUGCUCAAAGGGGCGCUGGUCAAUCUGAGCCGCGGUAUAGGCUGCCAAGAGAAUAGACUAUCUUCAUCCCGAUCUUAUAGAAGGAAAGCAGCAGGCACAUGAUAUCCCG